AUGACCGCAUUGUUAAAACUUCCAUCUCUGUGUAUGGUGUUGCUGCUUACUAUUUGUACAUCGAGUUACUUGAAACCGUUCUUCCCCGGUUUUUUCAAUUCUAAAAGAUCCGGAUUUCCAGGAAUUCUGGGAAAAUUUUCUGUAGUCGGUGACAGACUAUCAAUUUAUGUAUCAUUAUCCUGUAUUUUUUUUGCCUUCUGGACAAUAGCAUUUAAAUAA